AUGUGAUAUGUCAGCUGUACUCUGUUGCAUUAUUUCUCUCACUCAAACGCAUUUUCAAACAUAAGUUAUGUCGACAGAAACGGAGGUCGUAAGUGUUCUUAAGUACCUUGACAACAAGUCCAUAUUGGUCAUUGGAGCUGCUGGGUUCUUAGCAAAUAUUUUUGUGGAGAAGAUAUUAAGGGUGGCACCAAACGUGAAGAAACUGUAUCUCCUUCUACGAGCAUCAAAUGGAAAAUCUGCUACCCAGAGGUUUAACGACGAGAUUUUGAGGAAAGAUUUGUUCAAGGUGGUGAAGGAGAAGUAUGGUCCCAAUCUAAAUCAACUUAUAUCAGAGAAAGUCACAAUUAUCGAUGGAGACAUUUGCCUUGAGGAUUUAGGUCUUCACGACUUCGACUUGGCUCAUGAGAUGAUCCACCAAGUUGAUGCCAUUGUUAAUUUAGCUGCAACUACGAAGUUUGAUGAAAGAUACGAUGUAGCUCUUGGGAUCAACACAUUGGGUGCUCUCAAUGUCUUGAACUUUGCCAAGAGAUGUGCAAAGGUUAAGAUCCUUGUUCAUGUAUCAACAGCUUACGUGUGCGGAGAAAAAUCUGGCUUGAUAAUGGAAACACCGUACCGUAUGGGUGAGACGUUGAAUGGAACCACCGGUCUAGAUAUCAAUCAUGAGAAGAAAUUCGUUCAGGAGAAACUUGACCAGCUCCGAGCCAGUGGAGCCUCUCCUGAAACCGUCACACAAGCCAUGAAGGAUCUCGGACUCAGGAGGGCAAAGGUGUACGGAUGGCCAAACACAUAUGUGUUCACCAAGGCAAUGGGGGAGAUGAUGGUUGGGACAAAAAGGGAAAAUCUAUCACUUGUGUUGCUUCGUCCUUCAAUUAUUACCAGCACAUUCAAAGAACCAUUCCCUGGUUGGACUGAGGGCAUCAGGACCAUUGAUAGUUUAGCUGUUGGAUACGGCAAAGGCAAACUCACGUGCUUUCUUUGUGAUCUUAAUGCUAUUUCCGAUGUGCUGCCUGCGGAUAUGGUAGUAAAUUCGAUUCUAGUAUCAAUGGCCGCUCAAGCCGGUAAACAAGAAGAGAUUAUUUACCAUGUGGGUUCUUCACUUAGGAAUCCGAUGAAAAAUGCAAAAUUUCCUGAAUUAGCGUAUCGGUAUUUCUCAACCAACCCGUGGAUCAACAAAGAAGGGAAGGUCGUUCGGGUCGGGAACAUUGAGAUUCUGAGUUCUAUGCGUAGUUUCCAUAGAUACAUGACCAUACGUUACUUGAUUUCAUUGAAGGGACUUGAAUUGGUAAACAUGGUACUUUGCAAGUUGUUGGAGAAGGAAUUUAAGUACUUCCAUAGAAAAAUAAAUUUUAUAUACCGGCUUGUUGAUCUCUAUCAGCCUUACCUCUUUUUCUAUGGAAUAUUUGAUGAUACAAACACAGAAAAAUUGCAAAAAAUGGUAUCGAAGACGGGAGUCGAAAGCGAGAUGUUCUAUUUCGAUCCAGAGGUUAUCGAUUGGGACGACUAUUUUUUGAAUACACAUGUUAUUGGGCUGCUUAAGUAUGUCUUCUAAUAAUUUUAAUUUUAAUUUUAUAAUCUUUAUCUUAUUGUAUUACAACGAGUAUACAUUAUGUGCACACUAUAGUUCUCUUUGAUCUGCUCAUUCGACUAUGUUUCUAAAUUCGGCUAUAUAGACCUGGGCUGUUUUAUCUCUAUAAUAAAAUUAUAUAUUAGAUGUAA